AUGUUAAGAGGGCGCAACACGAUUAUCCGCGUUUAUGAUGGUCUAAUCUCGAAUAAAUACGCACAAAAAACCAUGUUAAAAGGGCGCAACAUGAUUAUCCACGUUUGUGAUGGUCUAAUUUCUAAUAUGAAGGAUGAAUUGUCGGUUGAGCAAUUUAACAUUGGUCUUAUGGGUUGCCCGACUAAUUAA